AUGUUUCUCAAGAGUGCUUUGCUGGCUACGGCCGCGUUGAGUAGUUCGGCCCUGGCGGCCUUUGGUGUAACGAAGAAUGGUAACAAUAUUGUCGUCGAUGCUGGAUCAAGCAGCCCGCUCGUCUUCACAGUCAACGCGAACAGUUGCGACAUCACGUCGAUCAAGCUGCGCGGCGAAGAACUACAGUCUCCGGAAAAAGGGUCGCACAUUUCGUCCGGUCUCGGAACUGCGACAGUCAAGUACGAAACUAUCGGCAGCCAAUAUAUCAAAGUCACUUGCACAACAAGCACCUUGACGCAUUACCUCGUCGCAAAGUCUGGCGAAUCGACAAUUUAUAUGGCCACCCACACCACGGCUGAGCCUACCAUUGGAGAACUCCGUUUCAUCGCUCGUCUCAAGAGCGCGUCACUGCCCUUGGAGUUUCCCUUCGGUGCUGUUUCGACCACCGCCGGAUCUAGUUCGACGGUUGAGGGCUCCGACGUCUUCGUUGUGAAUAGCCAGACCCGAUCCAAGUUCUAUUCCAGCGAGCGCUUCAUUGAUGACACACGGGUGAGUCUUUCACGUGAUGGUACCGACGCAAUCCACGCUUGCUUCCUCCUGAACAGCUACUCCUACGAAGGCUCGUCCGGCGGCCCCUUCUUCCGCGACAUCAACACGAACAACAAUGGCCCCUCCACCUCGCUCACCUUCUACAUGAACAGUGGCCAUGUGCAAACGGAGAAAUUCCGCAUGGGUCUCCACGGCCCCUAUGCUUUGGCUUUCACCAGAUCCGGUGUUCCCGAAGGCGGCUCAAGGUUGGACACGACCUUCUUCAAGGACCUUGGAAUAACCGGAUACGUUGCGCCCUCGGGUCGUGGGACAGUCUCGGGAACAGCGUCGGGUGUUGGGUCCAGCUUUCAAAAGGUUCUGCAUUGGUAUAACGAUGCUGCCCAGUACUUCGCGUAUGCCGACAGCGCAGGCAAGUUCACCUCUCCCGCGAUGAAGCCUGGAACCUAUACCCAGGUCCUCUACCAGGGCGAGUUCAAAGUCAAGGCUGCGAGCGUGAGUGUCAGUGCUGGGAAGACCACCACGGCAAACAUCGCCGCUGACACGGAGACCAAAACCUCCAUUUGGAGGAUCGGUGAGUGGGACGGCCAACCCAAGGGCUUCCGAAAUGCGGACAAGCAGCUCCGCAUGCAUCCGUCGGACUCGCGAAUGGCAUCAUGGGGCCCGUUGACAUACACCGUCGGUUCAAGCAGCCUCGACAGUGUCCCUAUGGCCCUUGUCAAAGACAACAACCCCUUGACUAUCAAGUUCUCCAACACCUAUACCGCAGCUGCAACUCUUCGUGUCGGCACUACCCUCUCGUUCGCUGGCUGCCGUCCCGCAGUCGUAGUAAACAGCUUCAACGCAGCCGCACCUGCUACACCAACCAAGAUUGACUCCCGUGGCUUCACGCGAGGUGCCUACCGUGGCUUCGGUGAGGUGUACAACUAUGCGAUCCCCGCUGGCACCCUUGUCAGUGGAUCAAACACCAUUACCAUCAGCUGCUUGAGUGGAGCCGCAGGUGGCGGUGGUUUCCUUUCGCCCAAUGUUAUCCUGGACGCCAUAGAGCUUUUCAGAUAG